UCAUCACUUUUUCAUACUCAUAUUCAGGACACAACUAUGUGGCCUAACCAAGGUCCCCCUGGCCAGACCCCGGUUCCCCCAGGCUACAACCCUGCAUUCCCUUCUGGUCCAAAACCCCAGCACACCCUCAAGGCCAGAACCCCAUGUACAGCACCUGGCACAAACCCGGCUUAUCCCCCCGGUAUGGCCCCUGUAUGGCCCCGGUAUGCCCCCUGUAUGGCCCCGGUAUGCCCCUGGUAUGGCCCCGGUAUGGCCGCCCUGUAUGAUCCCAUGCCUCCAGGAUCCAUGCCUUACACCAACCCAGGAGGGCAAUACCCAGGAGGACAACACCUUAUCAGCUGGACCAGUGCACCUGGUUACCAGGAGUUACCCAGGGCCCUACCCUGGUGGGUCCAUCCAGGUGGAGUCUACCCCGGGGGCAUGCAUCGCAUGGCUGGGGGUGUGGCGGGAUUCGGGAUGGAAGUCCCUGGACAAAGGCGCACAAAAAAUGAAGAAGGCGAAGGGAAGAAGGCGCACAAAGCCGACAAACACCAGCAUCAUGGAGGCCACAGGAAGCACUCUUCAAGCAGUAGCAGCAGCAGCAGCGACGAGGAGUGAUGU